AUGAGUCCAAUUUUCUAUAGUUUUAUUGGGAUAUUAAUUACAACAUACCAAUUAAUUAUUAGAUGUUAUGGAAGUGGACAGUCCAUAAGAGGAUGGGAGCGUGGGCGUAGAGCAUUGUCGUUUGAGCCAGCAAACACUGCAAGAGAAAGAAUGGAUGAGCCUAACAAGAAAAAGAGAAAAAAAGACCACACCGGGGACAUGGAGAGGAUGGGAUGGGACAAGGCCGGGCUUAAAGCAGAGGUUGAGGCAUACCAGGGUGGUCAUCUUAUCAAUUACAGUGCUCUAGCUAGGAAGUAUAAUGUGACAGACAGCAGUGGACAAGUUGCACUUAACGGUGGACAGAUUGUGAAGGAGUGGCUAGUGAGAAACGGAGUAGAUGUUGACCGGUUUAGUACCAAACGCAAAAACCCCAUGGAUCCAGUAAUUAGAAGAAGGAAAAGGAGAGGGCAAGGGGGAGAGAUCAGCAUACCCUGUGAGCCAGACAAGAAAACACUGAAAGCACAGCUAUUGCAGAAGAUCCACACAAAGGAGUACAGUAUAGGAGAACGAAUUGUACCACGAAAGUAUGAAAAGCUUAUCCUUACAAAGGAUCUGAAAAUAAAAAAAGAGGAUGUCUAUACUGAUGGUAGAAAAAUGCCCCUUGCCAAUAUCCGAAGGACAAUGUUAAAAAAACAGGAGAAGUUUCUCCGGGGGACAACAGAGGAAGGAAUAGCAGAGCUUACAGCAGAACAGCUAAGAACAAGGCUUUUGCAGAUCAACGAGUAUGUGGAUGGUAUGGCAGUCCCAGACAUGAGGGAGAAGCUAAAAAGCCAUGAAAGAACAAGGCAUCUGAUGGUAUGGCUAGAUAACUCAACAGUUGCUAACUCUGGAUAUCUGGUGUGCCUUAUGACCUGUCUUUAUGACAAGGCAGUGUUCCUUACAGAUGAGGAGUAUGCUGCAAAAUAUGGAAGACGGGUUAAUGUGCAAAUGCUGGUUGAAGAACCAGAGCUACAUUUUAUUGCAAAAUGUGGGAGCUCUGACCAUGAGCUUUUAUUAUAUUCGGAGACAAGGCUCCAAUGUGUCAGAGAGCUGUGUGAUGACAACAGUAUUUCAUACACUGAUAUCAUGAGGUUUUGUCAGGGAGACUCUCCAUUGCGAGCUUUUGAGACAGGACAACAGAAAGGAGGAAACUACUUCUGUUCUACCUGUGAAGUACACUGUGACAUGACCAGUGACUUGGCCUACACUCUGAAUUUGGAGGCCAUAUCCCUUACUGAGAGACAGCAGGCAAUUCUUCGGGGGACCGUCUCCCUCUCUAAAUCAAAACAGAAAAAAGCUAAACCACUGGAAGGUCUGAAAAAAGAAGAGCUUGAAAAGGAACUGGCAUCAAGGGGCAUUUAUGAAGGAAAAACGAAAAUGGAGAUGCAGAAACUACUCACUGAAGAAAUGAAAGGAAAACAAAGAGUGCCUGCACUUCUCUUUAAUACCCCAACAGAAUCCCUGACCAACCUUAAUCUAGAAUCUUAUGAAGUCAUACCAUGCGAGCCUCUUCAUGAUCUUGGCAAUCAUAUUGCAAAUUUCUUUGCUGAAUUUCCAAGCCAUCUGAUGGGUGAAGAAAAGGCUUUGAUAGAGGAGACAAUCACACUCAGUCUGGCAGGGAAAGACAGCAAGAGAUGUGUGGACCAAAGGGAAGCCCUUAUCAAAACUGCUGGGGUGGCACACCAGUCCAAUAUCAUGUCCAAGAAAGCCAUGGCUGCCAUUGACACCUUGGUCGAGAUGCAGAGACUCCUCUACGCGGCAGACAGCCAAAGAUCUCCGGCCUCAAUUCUUAGAUAUAGCAACCAAGCCUGGUACCAUGCCAUAUUGUUGAUAGAUUUUGUGAAGGACACAAAGAAGCUAACCUCAAGAAAACUGUAUGGAGUGUACUUUCAUAACCUGACAGCCCAUGCUACCAGUACAUUGCGCUUAAUGUCUGGACAAGCUGCUAAUGCAGAACGACAAGAAAGGAUCUUUAACAGUAUCAAGCGCAUCACGAAGCAGACAUCGAAUUACCAUCAAGGGCAAAUAAUACCUAACCUUUUCAUCCGCUUGCAAGCAGAGCGCCAGAUAGGCCUGCAACGAGAUGAUGUGUUCAGACAGCAAGACCAUGUGAGCAAGCUAGCAACUUGCCUCCCAUUUCCCAAGAACACUGUCAUACCUGAGGAGCUCAUUCAAAGGCAUAGCCAUGCAUGGCAAGCUCACCUCCAAGAAAUAAGUGACUUCUUAGUUGAAGGAGAAGGUGUUUGGUGGAAGAAAGUUGAAGAUGGAGUUGAAUUUCAUGAUGUCACAGACAUUCCCUCUGGUUGUGGGCCCUCUCUUCACCACUUUCGAUCCAGCAACUUGAAAAAAGAGGCUGAGAGACUCGACAAUUGCUGGAAACAUUGCAUAGCUAGCAGCAUUCCCCUCCCUACUCACCUCCUAAGAAUCGACCAAGAAGAUGGGACAACACUUAGAAUAAGAAUUGACCCAGAAUCAGUUCCUGCUGACACAAGGAAUGCCUCAGAUGAGACAAGUGAAGAAGAUGAAAAUGCUGUUAGCAUUACCCUGGCCCCAGAUGAAGUAGUCUGUCACAAUGCAGGUUUCCCCCUACCUGAAGAGGUACCACCAGUACCUCUUAUAGCCACUGCUGAAAUCAUGGAUGCCACAGAGAGUGAAGAUGAAAAUGUAGUUGGUAUUACCCUGGCCCGGGAUGAAGUAGUCUGCAUUGAUCCGGAUCUCCCUCCACCGGAAGAGAAACAUGCAAAUGAAGGGAAUUCCACCACAUCUUUACCAACUUCACUUACACCAGAACCAGCCACAAGAACAACAGAUUCCUCAACUGGGUUGACAUCAAGGCUAGGGAAAGCUCUGGAGAUUGUUGUUGGCAAGACAACAGAAGUGAGUGCUCUUGACAAAAAGCAUGCAAGACUCAAGCAGUUGCAGAGACAAAACCUCAGGGACCAGCAUCUAGAAAACAGCUAUCACCACAGUCUUGCCCAGAUGCAGACAAAAGUCCUUGCAAAGAGAAAGAAUAUACAGUCUGACCUUGUUGCAUGGGAAAAGCAGUUUUUGUUUGACCACAACCUCACUGCUCCUACACCCCAGUUCAUGAACGAGGACAGCACAGCAUCAGCACUGUUAAAACAACUUAAGUAUGCCAGUGCACUUCUGAAGCAAUGGGGGAUCACAUUAUAGACCCAAGCAUCCACCUCAGCCCCAGUGGUUUAGAGCCAGUUACAGACCAGCAGUUUUACAAGAGGCCUAUCUAAGAUCAACAUUUCAACCAGAAGCUCCAAAGUUCAAUGGUUGUUUUAAGAAUCAAACACAGACACAAACCAAACGGCUCUUUUAGGAGCCACCACAGUUUUCAAAAGUGAUGAUCAAAUUGCGAAUAAUAAUCGCAUUAAACAUCUCAAUAAAAUGUUUCAAAAUUAGUUAAAUAAUCCCCCAUCCCCCAAAUUAGAGACUAUUUUCAUUUUCUAUGGAUGCUUAUGUCAUUAAAAUCAAUAACUAAAAUAUUAACCACCGGUCGAUACUUGGUAAUUAUAAGUUAUAAUCUUUUAAUGAAAACAAAUCCAAAAUAACAAACUUCAUUCAAACCAAACGGAUCAAUCAAACUGUUAAAACAUUAAGCAAGCCUUUAGUAUCUCUGAAAUACAUAAAAAAAACAUAAAGAUCUACAAUAACUUCUGAGAGUGGUUAGGGUUAAAAGAAUAAUAGCUGGGAUCACAGGAAUGGAAUACAUCGAAGGAAUAUUUCGCACAUGGCCG